UUGAAUCCUUCUCCUGAGAUCUUUUCUUUGGUGUAUGGAACCUGCAAAUUCAUUUCUCCAGCACAUUCUACUAGACUGAGUCAUAAGAAUGGCCACUUUAGGGUUGGAGAUACUAGGAGUCACACUAGCCAUGUUAGGCUGGAUUGUUGGCAUUGUGUCCUGUGCGUUGCCCAUGUGGAAAGUCACAGCUUUCAUCGGGGUGAAUAUUGUAACCGCGCAGACCAUCUGGGAAGGAAUCUGGAUGAGCUGUGUUGUCCAGAGCACUGGACAGAUGCAAUGCAAAGUCUAUGACUCAAUGUUGGCGCUCAGCUCAGACGCACAGGCGGCUCGAGCUCUCUGCGUGAUCGCCAUCGUGAUGGGAGUGCUCGGGCUCCUGCUCGCCAUCAUGGGGGCCAAGUGUACUAGAUGCGUGGAAGAGGAGCGCGUCAAGGCCCAAGUUAUGAUCACCUCCGGGGUCACCUUCAUUUGUGCGGCGGUCAUGCUCUUGAUCCCUUUGUGUUGGUCUGCUCACAGUAUCAUCAGGGACUUCUACAACCCCAUCAUCAUCGAGGCUCAGAAAAGGGAGAUCGAAGUCAUGUCUUUAGGGUUGGAGCUCAUUGGUAUCGUGUUAGGUGUGCUGGGAUGGCUCUUGGCCAUCGUGGCUUGCACUCUCCCCAUGUGGAGGGUAACAGCCUUCAUCGGCUCAAACAUUGUGACAGCUCAGAUCAUAUGGGAUGGAUUGUGGAUGUCCUGUGUGGUCCAGAGCACUGGACAGAUGCAAUGUAAAGUCUACGACUCCAUGCUGGCACUCUCUCAGGAUCUCCAGGCAGCUCGAGCCCUGACUGUCAUCUCCGUCCUUCUCACAGUCCUGGCUUUUCUGGUGUCCAUCGGAGGAGCAAAGUGCACCAACUGCAUUGAGGAGGAGUCUUCCAAAGCGAAAGUCAUGAUUGUAGGUGGUGUGCUUUUUAUCGUGGCCGGGUUGAUGCAGCUCAUUCCCUUGUCCUGGUCUGCCAACAGCAUUAUCCAGGACUUCUACAACCCUUUGCUGCCUGAUGCCCAGAGAAGGGAGCUCGGGGCCGCACUGUACAUCGGCUGGGCAGCAGCUGUGCUCUUGAUCAUGGGGGGCUCAUUGCUCUGUUGCUCCUGCCCUCCACAGGAGCAAAAGUACAAUCCGUCUAGAAUGACGUACCUUGUGUCUCGCUCCACAGCUGGUGGUGGGUAUGACAGAAGAGACUAUGUAUGA